UCUUUCCUUAGAAGAAUCUCGCAACCAUAUAUCAUCGAGGUCAAUCAACAUAACAAAGCACAACAUACAUUCAACCUCGAGACCUCAACACAACCAACCCAUAAAGCUUCCAAGAUGCUUUACAAAGACGAGGUCGACCACAAUCAAAUAGUGAGCGUGCUCCAGCACAACAUCCUCACACCGGACAUGCUAGAAGAUGAAGCUGUCCAUCUGACAAAGAUCUAUUUCCACCUCACCCUGUUCGUCGAUAUCGAAAUUUCGGAAUCCGCAAUCGCCGCCGCUUACCGAGAGAUUCGCGCUAACCAGGACGUCGAUGCUGACAUGGAAAUGAUGAUCGCUACCACUGAAGAACGCUCUGACGAUGAUGAGGAUGAGCCUGAUCUAGACAUCCAAUCGAUGAUGGAGCAAAUAAAUAUUAACAACAACGAGGGUGAGCCUGGUCUUGACAUCCAAUCGAUGAUGGAGCAGAUGGAUAUCAGCACCAACGGGGGUGCAGGAUCGGUGGGAGCCGCAGAGACACGGAAUAGAGGGUGGAUCAUGCACUUCCCUGUCCAAGGGUGCGGCGUUUGCGAUGCGAGGUGGCGCAUGAUACACACUGACUACGUCGUGACCUGGUCCCACGAGCGGCCAUGGUGGGAGUAUGUGCCUGACAACGUGCUGGAUUGGCUACAGGAGCAUGUGCUUGAGCAUAUUAUUGUUGGAGAUGCUGCUGCAGCUGCUGCAUCUGGCGAUGGGAUUGCCUUGCGAUAGGCGAGGAUGAAUGGUUCUUCUCUUCUAGCGUUUGGAGUUAUUGACAUUUGAUAUAAUGGAGAAUUUCAUUUCUGAUUUUUAGUCAUGUUGUUAAGGGUAAUGAGUGCUUUUCGCAGUGAUUAUGUAACUUUGAGCUAUGCAUGGAUUUUUUUUGUGAUAUGGCAAGAUGGAAUCGGGAUUAAUAUACACAUGUGCAGGCAAUCAAGACGGAUGCAUUGUGUGUGAGACCAAAGCGCGAAACCACAACAGCAGCCCAUAUCAACAUUAUGCGCAUCAAAACUUGAUGCGACGUAGUCAACAAAUCCCAUAGAUUUCACGUUCCGUAAAGCAUCCAAGCGCCCCUAGCCAAGUUGCCAUUGACCGUCAUGUCCUCGCGCAGGGUGUGCGAUGAGCCGCAAAUUCCGAAUGGUUGUUCAUACAUCUCCACAGAAACGCGCCUGUAUACUCCUGAAAAAUCAUCCCGAUCCGUUCGCCCUCUCAAUAGAGGGAGGAAACAAGGAGUUGUGGAUUAUUUCUUCCUCCGGUUGGCUUUCUUGAUGGCAUUAUAUGUCCCUCCCUUAUCCCACAAUACCUCUUGUAGAUGCGCUUGUGCAUUGAUAAGCACGGAGGGAAGUCCUGGGAUAACCGUGACCACCUCGCCAGUACUAUUGGACUUGGACCGUAUGUCGCU